AUACAAUCCUCUUCAUCAACAUGGAAUGGGCGAGUGAUCAUGUCUUCGUCUUCGAUGGGCAAGGAACGCUUGCAUCCUUCUCGCCACACGCAACCAACACCGCUCUCCGGGACGCGAAGCACCCUACAGGACACGUCGCCCUAUCAGCAUGUCAUGCUGCAUUUUUGCAAGAGUUGCAAUUCCUGCCUCCAGCAUGUCAAAGUAGUACCGCUGGCGUGGACUCAGAAGAUUUUCAGACGCCAGAUGCUCUCCUGAACAUCUCUGCGCGAUACCGAUCAAAUGCGAUCAUCGCCAAUACCAAUCUGUUCCUCAUGCAAAUUUUGCGCUUCCUCGCCAACUCACAAGCGGGAGUAUUAAGCAAGAUGGAGACCCAGCCGCAUGUCGGCUGCGUGCUUGGAUUUUCUUCUGGGCUGUUCGCAGCUUGUGUGGUCGCCUCCUCGGCUGAUCUCCCCUCUCUACUGUGUAACAUUGUCGAAGCAUUCCGACUCGCCUUCUGGGUCGGAUAUCACUCGCAGCGCACAGCAGCGUCUAUGAUUGGUGGAACUCCCGGAUAUAGGAUCGGUUCUCCGUGGAGUCUGAUUCUCUUUGGUUCUUCGCGGCCAGAGGUCUCGGAAGCCGUCAAACAGUACUCGCAGGAAAAUCCUAACACACCGAAAGUCUACCUCACGGCGGCGAUAAAUACAUCCUGUAUCACUGUAUCGGGCCAACCAGACGUGUUGGAGGUGUUCAAGAAAGGCUAUCUUCCUUCGACUACUCAUACAUCCCAAUUUACCCAUGUACACACUCUCUACCAUGCACCGGAACUGGGAGCAGUCAAGGAUGCCGUGAUGUUAUCUGUCGCUCAAAGGAAGAUUCGUUUCCCGUCCUACGAAGACCUAUGUUUUCCGAUGCGUUCCACCGUUGAUGGGGCAACUAUUGACACCACACACCAUUCGCUCGACCGCAGCCUCGUCGAGGAUGUGCUGAACAUGAUUCUUCUCGAGCCCGUCAACUUUGACUAUGUUGUGAGGGCACUGCGCUCGGAUAUGAGCUCUAGUCAGCAGGACACUCGACCUCACCUCGUAAAUCUCGGCCCCGGGAGUGGACUUUGGCGUAGCGUGGCCCGAGCACUGAACGACCUAGAUCCAAUAACUUUUGAUUGGACAGCGGAAGCCGAAUCUACGGUCCCAUCUGCCAAUGUUCCUCGCACCGUCGCACCUCAACGGCCCCAUCAAGAGCCCAUUGCUAUUGUUGGAAUGGCCGCGAACUUCCCUGGGGCAUCAGAGACCUCGACGCUUUGGGAAGUCCUGAAGAAGGGCUUGAACACGGUCCAGGAGAUACCGGGAAGCAGAUUUAAUGUCGAAGAUUUCGCCAAUGAUCUUGAGAGGUCAGGACGCAUAUUGAAGACACGGUAUGGAAACUUCAUAGAGAGCGCAGAUGUAUUCGACCAUGAAUUCUUCCGCGUCUCUCCCCGCGAAGCGACCAGCAUGGAUCCCCAGCAGCGAGUUCUUUUGCAUGUAGCCUAUCAUGCGCUCGAGAAUGCUGGCUAUGUGCCUCACGCCACGCCUACGUUUGAUCCGAAGACGUUUGCUACCUACGUGGGAGUGUCGACGAAUGAUUACGUCGAGAACCUGAGAGACGACAUUGACGUGUACUACAGCACCGGUACUUUGCGAGCAUUCCUGAGUGGCAAGAUCUCCUAUGCGUUCGGCUUCAGUGGACCGUCCAUCGUGAUCGACACCGCAUGUUCCUCAUCAGCCGUCGCCAUAUAUCAGGCUUGUAGAGCGCUGGUGAAUGGUGACUGCAACGCGGCCAUUGCAGGUGGUGUAAACGUCAUGACCAGUCCUGAUAUGUACGUUGGGCUUGAUCGAGCCCAUUUCCUCAGCUCCACCGGUCAAUGUCGCCCCUGGGAUGCCUCUGCCGAUGGGUAUUGCCGUGCCGAGGGCUGUGGAAUGUUCGUCCUCAAGCGACUGACCGAUGCGAUUGACGAGAACGAUCGCAUUCUUGGCGUCAUCCGCGGAGUGGAAGUCAAUCAGUCCGGUCUGGCAGAGUCUAUUACAAACCCGCACACCCCGACGCAAGUACGGCUAUACGAGAAGCUUCUUGAUGCCACAGGGAUUCAUCCGCAUCAGAUCAGCGUCAUCGAGGCUCACGGGACGGGGACUCAGGCAGGGGAUCCCGUGGAGCUUGAGAGCCUGCGGAGGGUCUUCGCUGUCAAUAGAGCGAGUGACAAUCCCCUCCAUGUGACGUCCAUAAAGGCAAACAUAGGACAUGGGGAGGCUGCUUCCGGUGCUGCGAGCCUCGCGAAGUUGAUUCUGAUGAUGCGCGAACGGACGAUCCCAGCGACGAUAUCACUACAGGAGUUGAACCCCCGGAUUGCCGACCUCGCGAGAGACAAUAUCGUGAUCGAUAAAGACUGUACGCAGUGGGAUCCCCCUGGUGAUCAGCGACGUCUAGCGUUGCUGAAUAACUUUGGCGCCUCUGGAUCAAACUGCGCGCUCAUUCUGGAAGAGCCGCCUAUAAAUAACCGGCCUUUUGCGACAAUAGGAAAGAUUGGUACUCUCGUGUUGGGAAUCUCUUGUGAGAGCGAGAAAUCUCUGGAGCGCUUGAGAGCGCUGUAUCUGGAUCAUCUUGCCCAACAUACAGAGGACUGGACUGCCAUUGCCGAUACAGCCUGUACAGCCACCGUCCAUAGGCGGCUUUAUCGGUACCGCAUCGCUGUUGCAGGAGGCUCGCAGAAUGAGGUUAUGGAAAAUUUGCAGUGCGCGAAGAUAUCUCGUAUACCAAAGACGUCGGCGAACGUGAUCUUCCUAUUCUCCGGCCAAGGCGAGCAGUAUCCAGGAAUGGGCUCUGGCAUUUACGAGAAGAUAUCGUCAUUUCGUCGGACAGUCGAUCUAUGCAAUGAGAAACUACUCAGCUGGGGAUUCCCGGGCGUCCUCGAUAUCAUCUCCCCGCAAAGUCCAAAUUUUGCUGCUCGUCAUCAAGCCGACGACAUCGUUUCAUGGCAGUGUGCCAUCUUCAUACUAGAGUACGCUCUGGCAACUAUGUGGAUCUCGUGGGGGCUGCGUCCGGACGCAGUUGCUGGAUACAGCCUCGGGGAGUAUGCGGCUCUAGUCUGCUCGGGUGUCCUGUCAGUCGACGAUGCCCUCUGGAUCGUUGCACAACGCGCGGUACUCAUGGGUAUGAAAUGUACACCACGAGCAACUGGCAUGCUUGUGGUCCAUGCGAGUCUGGCCAUAGUUUCGCAACUCCUCAAUUCGGAUCGGUGCUUUGACGGACUCUCCAUCGCUUGUGAUAACAGUGCCACCAGUUGUGUGGUGGCAGGCAACACUGAUUCGCUACAGAACUUUCAGCGUCGCUGCCUGCAACAAGGAUACAAGUGCGUUCGGUUGGAGGUUCCAUAUGGCUACCACUCGUCCGCUAUGGACCCGAUCGUGGACGACCUACGGGCGCUUGGUGCUCGGGUGACACGGUCGCCGCCGAUCAUCCCCGUACUUUCUGGUGUGCAUGGAGUCAUCGUGCAACCAGGAGAUACAUCGAUAUUCACUACCGACUAUUUCGCGCGUCAUUGCAGGGAACCGGUGCUAUUCCGUCAUGGGAUAUCAAAGUUAGUUCCAGCGGGCCGAUAUAUCGAUGAACAGAAUACGAUAUGGAUUGAGAUUGGACCCCAUCCUACGCUCCAGCAUUUGAUCAACGUUGGAGUUGAUGGGGUCGUUCUACGCUUGUUCACUUUACGGAAGCACCAAGCUGACGAGAAUGUUCUGUGCUCCGCUUUGACAAAGCUUUACACAAGCAGCAGUGUCAUCUCUUGGCGCAAGGUUUAUGCAGACCUCGCGCCGACGGCGAAGGUGGCUGACGUGCCUUUCUAUCCCUUCGCCGAGACUCGCUUUUGGGUACCGUACCGGGAGAAUGCCGCGGUCAUCAGCUCUAUUUACCCAAGAUCAUCUUCCCCCCUCUGUGGAACGUGUAUAGAGCGACCUUCCGUGGACAAUGGAGGGCAAAGCAUUUUCGAGUUCAAGAUUGAUGAAAUCGCUCAUCUACUCCAGGGACACCGAAUCGCUGGGCAUGCGCUAUGUCCAGCGUCACUAUUUCACGAAAUGGUGCUGUUCGCGACGCAUACACUGCUUGAAAUGCUUGGGGAGCAUCAUCCUGACAUUUUGCUGGAGCUAUCUGAAGUUGACUACGAUAAGCCACUGCUUUACGCUCCACGUUCAAGGAACGCGGUCAGAGUGACCUUGAAUCCGAUUCACUCUGCUGCGUGGUUCUAUGCUUCAUUUACGAUAAGCUCAUGUCUCGGGGCCUCAAUUCUCUGUCACUGCCGCGGAUCGAUUCGGACGAAUACGGCAAGCUCUGUAGCAUCGGAACUCUCAUCUAUCAUGGAAUCCAUCGGAAUGCGCGAUUUGCAUAAGGCUAACGGUUGCAGUGAAACGAUGUUGUUUUAUGCAUCCACAAUCUACAAGAGAUUCGCCUGCGUCGUAACAUAUGCGGAUGUCUACCAAACUAUAAAGAGUAUUGCAAUCGAUCCCGAUGGCACGUACGCCGAUGCGUUAAUCCAAUGUUCCCCUCUCUCUGCAGGCCCGGAGGCAUAUCCCAUCUUCAUGGACACUCUAUUCCAAGUUGCUGGGUUUUUAUUGAACGGAGACGCCGAUGAAAAGGACGCGUUCAUCUGCAGUCACACUGACAGGGUGACCGUGAUACCAGAACUUAUCCAUCCCUCGGCUAUGUACAGCGUGUUUUGCUCCGUGAAGUGCAUAUCCUCCAGUUCGGCCAUUGCUGAUGUAUACGCUGUGCAAUUAGAGGGUAGUGAAGGAAGUGUGGUUGCGCGACUGCAAGGAGUGCGCUUCAAGAGAUUGAAAGCGGACAAACUCGGGCAAUUCCUGAACAUUUCGACCAAGCGGUUUACUGGCUCCCAGCUGCCCGGAGGCCUGGAUAGAUUCAAUGGUCGGAACGAUUACCCUCACAAUUAUUCUCAUUCUACGCAAAAGCUUGCAGAUCGGCUGAUCCAGGUUGUCGCCCAUUCUUGCUGCACUAAUACCGAGGCCGUCCAUCUAGAAACGCGUCUUCAGGAUCUGGGCAUCGACUCACUCAUGGCCAUUGAGCUAGUCAAUAAUAUCAAUGAGGAAAUACCAUUCGCUUCCAUGGAGACCCGCAUGAUGGCUCAAUGUGAACGGGUGAUUGAUCUCGUGCGAAAUGUCGAGGAUAAAUGUCGUCCUUGCGGGUUUGUGGCAUCCUUCCCCUAUGCUGUCGAUGAGAACGUUUCCUCUGCUCGGUCGCGAAUUUCUCCCGAGCAAGCGAGAAGAGUGAUCUCCUCCGUUCUAGGCAUUGCUUCGCAGAAUCUAUUGGAUAGCCAGGAGCUGGGCUAUUUAGGAAUGGACUCUCUUUCGUCGAUUGAGACACGUCAUGCUAUUCAGUCGAUCUUCGGAGAACAAUUGCCAGAAGAGAUAUUCUCUUCAUGCAAUACUGUUGGUGAUCUCGUGUCUGUCGUGACGGGAUAUGAAGGAGAAUGCAACCCAUGUGCAGAAUUGGACCGGGACCUCAUCUUAUUGCAAGAUUUUCGUCCUGCCGUAGGCAUCGAUCCUCUCCCCCUGAUUCUAGUGCACGAUGGCAGCGGAACAGUCCUCCCAUAUGCUGGUCUCACGUCGCUGUCGCGGCCUGUGUGGGGCAUCCGCAAUCCUAAACUAUCGACGGGCGAACAAUGGGAUGGGGGAAUAAUCGAGAUGGCUCAUGCCUAUGCGGAAAUGAUUACAGCUAUCGCCGGAGAUAGCGGCUGCAUUGUCGGGGGUUGGUCAUUUGGCGGUGUAGUCGCAUUUGAAGUUGCUCGACAGCUCGUCGCGGCCGGCAUUAACGUAGCAGGAAUCGUAUUGAUCGACGCACCCUCGCCGCGUACGCGUAGUCCGCUUCCGGACUCCAUUAUUGACGCUACCAUCGGCACCGUCAUCACCAAUGAGACAUCUGCAGAUCUGUUGCGAUCACAAUUGCGCCAGGCGACUAGAGCGCUGGUGAACUAUGAACCCUCCUCUUCUCCUGCCAGUCACGUUUGUCCGCCUCCAAUAGUAAUGCUCCAUUCCACGGAGGCAUAUCCUGCGGCCACUGUCGACUCUGAGGCAGUUGCGUUUCUCGCUGAACGCUCUGAUCGAGCGAAGUUCGUGCGUGAAUGGGAGGAAGAUCUCGGGGCGACCAUCCCCGUGCUGGAUAUCCCAGGGAACCAUUUUGAGGCCUUUUCCUCGCGGAAUAUCGCUGCUACAUCGGAGAGGUUGAGAGAUGCACUUGCCAUGCUGGAUCCGUGAUGACUGUCGAUGAGUGUGUUGAGGUGACACGGAAGAUUCCUUAGUUCCAUAGCCUGUCUUUUUUUUUAACGGAGAAUGUGUAGAUUGUUGUGCUUCCAUAGGUCUGUGGGAAAUCGGUCGGCAUCAAUCGACUG